AUGUCCUUUGUCUCAACAAGCAGGCAGGCCCUCCGUGCCUCAUCCUCUCUGCUCCGCGCCACGAAGGCUGCCGGGAGGAUCAACACCAAGAAUGCGCGCCUGAUCCAUCAGUCGACAAAGGCCAGUGCCGUCUACGCCGCCACACAGCCCGUCAUGACCCCACCACCUCCACCGAUGAUGCCGGAGGUGGCUGCCUCGGCCACCGCCGGUGUGUCCAACGUGCCCGUCCCCAAGGGCCAGCUGAACAUCCGAGAGCACAUGUACAAACCCUCAUUCUACAAGGCCAUUGCCAAGACCAUGGCCUGGCGCAAGAAGUAUCAUGAGGAUCGCUACAUCUUUGUCCCAGGUGAGGAGAUGAAGGAGAUUCUCCUUGGUCUCGGUGGCACCAUGGAAGACUACGAACUUCUGAAGCAUGUUGGUGACAGCCUGACCUGGGACCCGACACUGCCCUACCGCAAGACGAUCAACGGCCGGAUGAAGUUCGACUACACCAAGAAUACUGUUCAGCGCCUCGAGUUCCAGCCCUUUGCUCUGUCCGUCGGCGAGGACUUUGACCGCUACGACUCCGGUGUGCUCCGUCGGUUCGACGAGCUGGACAACAAUAUCCAGCACAACACCCUGGCUCAGGGGAUCCUCGUCUUCAAGAGCAUAAUCGUACACGGGAUGAACGUAGCUCACCGUGAGAAGAUGGACUAUGACCAGCCAUUCAACAUCAUGACCUUCUUCACCGUCCGCACCACCACCAACAACGAGAUCCUUGGGGAACCCGCCCUCGAGGGCAUCCACGCCGACGGCGUAGACCACACCCUGACCACACUGUUGGCCACUGAGAAUAUGCGGUCCGACAGCGCGGCCACCUUCAUGCACGAUAUGCAGGAGACGACGGGCAUCAAGCUCAACGAGGCUAAGCCGGAGAACAUCCGCGGCCGUGUGCAACACACCAAGUUCCUCGACACGCUCAUGGUCGUCGACCACGAGUACAAGCACAGUCUGUCGCCCGUGUACCAGGACGACACGUCCAAGGACGCCACGCGCGACAUGAUCAUCCUGUUCACCCGCAAGCCCACCGUCCCCGGGCAUGUCUCGGGUAAGAUUGACUCGACUCGUCCUCACAAGGACAAGCCGAUGGAGAUUCCUCUCUUUGUGCCCAACGCCAUGAUGUAG